UUACGUAAAGUUGUGACGUCUCCCCCCAUGAAAUAUUACUUAAACAACUUUUCCAGCUGCCUGACGCUGAAAAAGUCGCGGUAUCAACAGACAAACGCGAGUAGAGGCUGGAAAAAAAAGUAAACGCACCAUGGCUCUCCGAAGUGCCUUGACUCGUCUUCUCGCGAGCAGCAGAAAAUGUGCUGCGGUCACCGCAGGCAGAGCCCAGGGCACAGCUGCUGCAUCUGCUAAAGAUGCAGAAGAGUUCAAAAAGCCCACAAAGCCAGCUAAGGUGGCAUUCAACUGGCAGGACUCUCUGGAUCUGGAGGGUCAGCUGACAGAAGAGGAAAUCAUGAUCAGGGACACCUUCCGCAACUACUGCCAAGAAAAGCUCAUGCCUCGCAUUCUGAUGGCUAACAGGCACGAACAUUUCCACCGAGAGAUUGUUUCAGAAAUGGGGGAGUUGGGUGUCCUCGGGCCAACAAUUAAAGGAUAUGGCUGUGCAGGCACUAGUUACGUUGCUUAUGGGUUGAUUGCUAGAGAGGUUGAGAGAGUGGACAGUGGGUAUCGGUCUGUCAUGAGUGUCCAGUCUUCGCUUGUCAUGCACCCCAUCUAUGCUUACGGCACAGAGGCCCAGAAGGAGAAGUACCUGCCCAGACUUGCUAAGGGGGAAAUCAUUGGCUGCUUUGGGUUGACUGAACCAAACCACGGCAGCGACCCGAGUAGCAUGGAAACCAGGGCCAAGUACAAUCCGUCCAGCGGUACAUUUUCCAUCAGUGGAGCGAAGACAUGGAUCACAAACUCACCUGUUGCAGACAUCGCUGUGGUCUGGGCCAGGUGUGAGGAUGGCAAAGUUCGGGGCUUCAUCCUGGAACGUGGAAUGAAAGGUUUUGCGACUCCUAAGAUUGAGGGCAAGUUCUCUCUGAGGGCAUCUGCCACUGGUAUGAUCCUGAUGGAUGAAGUGGAAGUUCCCAAUGAGAACCUGUUGCCCCAUGCCUCAGGCCUUGGUGGUCCCUUUGGCUGUCUGAAUAAUGCCCGCUAUGGCAUUGCCUGGGGAGCUUUAGGGGCUGCAGAGUUCUGCUUCCACGCUGCCCGGCAGUACACUCUGGACAGAAUCCAGUUUGGGGUGCCACUGGCCAGGAACCAGCUGAUGCAGAAGAAGAUGGCAGACAUGCUCACAGAGAUCACGAUUGGCCUGCAGUCAUGUCUGACCCUCGGAAGGCUCAUUGAUCAGAAGAAAGCAGCACCGGAGAUGAUCUCCAUGCUGAAGAGGAAUAGCUGUGGCAAGGCUCUGGACAUUGCCAGACAAGCCAGGGACAUGCUGGGAGGAAACGGUAUUGCAGAUGAGUACCACAUCAUCCGUCACGUCAUGAACCUGGAGGCUGUCAACACUUACGAAGGGACCCACGACAUCCAUGCUUUGAUCCUGGGCAGAGCUAUCACCGGGCUGCAGGCGUUCACCGUGGAAAAAUAGACGGACUACAGCGUCUAGAUAAAAGCUGAUGAUCUGAAAAAUCUGGGAAAUACAGUUUCCUGUACAGUUUCAGUGCUGCUGGACACAUGUGAUGAAUACUUGAUCACACUUAUGUUUAUGGAACUACCGGGACAAGAUAUUUAUGUGGGUUGAUGUUUCACGCUUAGGGCUACUGUCAGUCAUAUUAGAGUAAAAUAUUAGAGACAACUUUUUAAAUAUUUGAACUACAGUUCACUAUAAAAGUUACAACUUGUAUAGUAAAACAAUUAAGCGUUUGAUUGUUUAAUAAGUUGGUGAAUACUCAGCUGUUAUAUUUUGUAUUACUUGAUUAUGUAAAUAAAUUGGUUUGAAUGAU